UGGCCCCACUUCGCAGCCGAUCCUGGCUGCGUUCGGUGGAAGGUCGCGCAGUUUCCUCAGAGUUCCGGGAGAGUCCCGAGCUAUCUUUACGGGAUGUGCAGAUGGAGGCCGGAGGAGAUAAUGCUGUCCCAGCCCCCGGGGGCGUGGAGGACUUGGUGGACACUCAGUUCCCCAGAGAGGAGGCUGGAGACAGUGAAGGGGUUCACUCCAGCACGCUGGAUCCCGGAGAUGGGGACACGGAGGACACAGGAGCCACGGACCAGCCAUCCGGCCUCCUGUCACCUUUGCCUCAGACUGAGGCCCAGCCAAGCACUUGUGAGCACUGGGAAACUGCGGCUUCAGACAGCGGUCCCACUGGAGAACCUGAGAGUAGCUCUGAGGGUCAGGGAGAAGACCCCAGUGAUGGGGACCCCAAUGAUGGGGACCCCAGUGAUGGGGACCCCAAUGAUGGGGAUCCCAGUGAUGGAGAUCCCAAUGAUGGGGACCCCAGUGAUGGGGACCCCAAUGAUGGGGAUCCCAGUGACGAGGACUGGCGCAGCCAACGGAAGCACGUGUUCGUGCUGAGUGAGGCGGGCAAGCCCAUCUACUCACGGUACGGUAGCGUGGAGGCACUGUCGGCCACCAUGGGUGUGAUGACAGCCCUUGUGUCCUUCGUGCAGAGUGCAGGAGACGCCAUCCGUGCCAUCUAUGCUGAGGACCACAAGCUGGUGUUCCUGCAGCAGGGUCCACUCCUGCUGGUGGCUGUGUCCCGGACUCCACAGUCUGCAGCACAGCUACGAGGUGAGCUGCUUGCAGUACAUGCACAAAUUGUGAGCACACUAACACGUGCAAGCGUGGCCCGAAUCUUCGCGCAUAAGCAGAACUAUGACCUCCGUCGCCUGCUGGCUGGCUCAGAGCGCACACUGGACCGGCUCCUGGACAGUGUGGAGCAAGACCCAGGUGCUCUGCUCCUGGGUGCUGUGCGCUGUGUGCCUCUGGCCCGUCCACUGCGGGAUGCCCUGGGCACACUACUGCGGCGCUGUACAGCCCCAGGCCUGGCCUUGUCGGUGCUGGCUGUUGGUGGUCGACUGAUAACAGCAGCCCAGGAGAGGAAUGUGCUGGCCGAGUGCCGGCUGGACCCAGCUGAUCUCCAGUUGCUGCUUGACUGGGUGGGUGCACCAGCCUUCGCGGCAGGUGAGGCAUGGGCACCUGUGUGCCUGCCUCGCUUUAACCCGGACGGUUUCUUCUAUGCCUAUGUGGCCCGCCUGGACUCCAUGCCUGUCUGCCUGCUGCUGCUUGGUACCAACCGUGAAGCCUUUCAUGCCAUGGCUGCCUGCCGGCGCUUAGUUGAAGAUGGGAUGCACAACCUUGGUGCCCUGCGUACUCUUGGGGAGGCUGCCAGCUUCUCUAAUGGCCCAGCAGCCAAUGCCCCUGCUUACAGUGUGCAGGCUGUGGGGGCACCUGGCCUCCGGCAUUUUCUCUAUAAGCCACUGGAUAUCCCUGAACAACACCGCCAGCUGCCACAGUUUACCAGUCCCGAGCUAGAGGCCCCAUACAGCAGAGAGGAGGAGAGGCAGCGACUGUCCGACUUGUAUCACCGCCUGCAUGCUCGCCUCCACAGCACCUCCCGGCCCCUGCGCCUCAUUUACCACGUGGCUGAGAAAGAGACGCUGCUGGCGUGGGUGACGUCCAAGUUUGAACUCUAUACUUGUCUCAGCCCCCUGGUAACCAAGGCUGGUGCCAUCUUAGUAGUGACGAAGCUCUUGCGCUGGGUAAGGAAGGAAGAGGACCGGCUUUUUAUCCGUUACCCACCCAAAUACUCCACACCCCCAUCCUCCUCGGCAGACCAGGCCCCCAACAAUGGCUUGUUCACUGGACUCUGAACGACCACAUCUGGCUUUAUGUUCUGUGUCUACUCUGGAAAUAUGGGCAGUGAUCUGUGUGGGACUGGUCCCUGACUCCCUGGGCGUGGGCAAGAUGUCAGGGUUUGCCCACAAAUGGGAGAAGGGUGACAGCAGCCCCCUCAUGCACCUCCACGUGUAGGAAAGUGGGAAGCUUCCUCUGUCCUCGGCCUCACCUCCUUAGCUAGCCUGAAAGCCACUGUACCCUCCAUCACCAGCUGUCUCUGCCAAGCCUCUUCUAAGCAGCACAGGUUGCUACCAUGUCCAUCUUCCAAGCAGACCUGAGACUGGGCUGAGGCUGUCCUCAGGGUAGGGGUGGGUAACCCACAAGGGCUCUAGAAUUUAGAAUGCAGGGCUAGCCUGUGCUUAAAACCAGCCUAUGGGUAUUUAAAAACAAAAAACAGACAAACAAACAAACGAAACAAAGCCUGAAGCUGAAUCCCUCAAGACAUUCCUCUGUCCUUCAUGCUCCCUCCCCGCCCCCAUCAUUUUUUCCCUUUCCCUACUUUAAAACAAACAAGCAAAAACCCAAAACAGAUCCAAGCCCCACCAGUGUUGGGCUGUGUCUUACACGAAUAAGAAGGUGGCCUCCAGCAUCCACCUGUGUGAAACAUGCGACUCGACUUCAUCCAUGGGCUGGGAUGCAGCUUUGUGAAGAUGCUCUUAGCCGCCGGAGCUUUUACUCACGAAACAUUUAACUUCCUUCUGUACCUUUUAGUGGAGAUCUGUAAACGGACAGGGGUUGGAAAUGUGUUGUGCUGCUACCCAGCACGAACAUGUUCUGGACAUUGGCCGCUUGCAGUGACAACCUAAAGAAGAGCCCUCAAAGAGCUUGUGCUCACAACUCACCUCAAUUGCUCACUACCUAGCUUCCAGCCUUUUUUAGACACGGUCCUGAGGUUGCGCGCAUGCGUGCAAACGCAAACUAGCAGUUCCGUUUGCAGAUGUUCUGCGCUUGCUCCGAGCAGAUACCUGUAUUGCCCGACUCCCUGGUUUCCAACAAUGUCUGUCUUGGCGCGCGCUACCUUUCCUUGCUGUUGUUUCUCUUCCGAGGCACAUGCGCAGAUACCCCACGUUGGGAAAUGGCUGCGGAUCUGGAGCCUUUGAUGGCGAAGUGGCUGGGAGCUGAGAAAGCUGAAGAUACCCGAGGUAGUGAGGGCCCACAGGGUAGAUGGGAAAGAGGCUUCAGCUCUGAUAAUUGAGAUUUUUUUUAGGAAAAAAAAAAAGGUUUUUAUCCUAUUGAAACUUACAACUUCCACAAAGUGGAAAUAAAUAACUGCGUAUUCUCAUCACCUAGGUUAACUUGCCAACUUUACUGACCAUAUUAAGUAUCCUAAGCAAGUAGUUCAUUUCAGGACCCAUUACUAAGCAAGUCGAGAAGGGAAAGUGAUGUUCUCCCAAAGCCGCUCUGUUGCUGCACAGCUGAGGGAAGGGACCCCUGUCAUCUCACAGCCAGCCUAGAUCACUACGUGCGUUUCUCAAGGCUCUUGAGAAUGGUUUUCCCCACUUUAGUCAAAUUUGGUUUGACUUAGUAAUGACAGUUUCUCUUCCUCAUCGGGCGCAAGGAGAUGGAGUCCAGCCUAGAAAAUACUGGAAAUUGCAGUUCCUUCGAAAGAAAAUAACUCCCAUGGUAAAAUCACUAGAAGAACAUUCUUGUUUUAAUUAUAGAAAUUUUCUCAACAUUCUAAAGUAGAGAAAAUAGUGUGACCAGGGACCGUGACCCUGCUUCAGUGGGUGUUCAAUAUUUAUAAUUCUCUCUCUCCACCUCCCCUUUCUGCAUACCCAGUCUGUCACUACAUGGUCAAACAUGGGAGGUGGCAUCUUGCCAGACCUGUUCAUGAGAUUCCAAAACAAUGAGUGUGACCUUCAAGAGCAAGACCUGCAGUUUCCCUGGGCACCUUAAACACCUGCUUGGUACUCAGUGACCUUUUCCUUUUUUAAAAAGUGGGUGAAUAAUGCAAUUAUUUUAACAGAAUUUGUCUUAAAUUGGAACCACAUGUUGGGCAUCAGUUUUCAAAGAAUAGAAGUAAGACAAGCCACACUUUGUUAAGCACAUGAUACAGUGCCACAGAGAUUUAAACGUUUAGCAUCAACCUUUCAAAUUCUUCAAAGUUUAAGUAAUAAAGGACUUAAUCGGUACUGGAGGAAGUUAGCAGGCGUAUCGGGUCGCAUUUCUUAGCCAUUGACUGGCCAUAGGGGGGAUGCUAUGCAGCCCCAGUGGCCUUCUGGUAGAGGAUUAUGUUUUCAGCAGAUGCUGUUCCCCAUCUGGAGUCUCCAUGCUAGGUAAUCACAGGAGACAGAUGAUAAUGGUGGCCAGUGGUGUGUUACUAACAGAGGCAGAAAGAGAAGUGAUCCAAACCUGACAAAUCUAGGUAUAUCCAUGCAGAUUGUAGAUUUUUUUUAAGAAAGGCGGAGAAAUAUAAAUUUCAGUCGAUACAGUUGUUUGUUCAUAAAAAAGGGCUCCAGAAGUUUUAUUUUUAUUAUUGACUAGUUGGGAUUGAAAUAAGAAAGGAGAAGGUAUACCCGUCAAGGACAGCUCCUUGGAAAGUAUCUGAGUUAAGCACACUGAUAAUUGUGGAGAGGGGCCUUGAGGGAGGGGAGCAAAUGGAGGCCUUUGUGAUGUAUUGCUUUAUUUAUCUCUUAGGAAAUCGAUAGUGAUACGUAAUUUACAAUGUAAGAGCAAGGGAGAGCUGAGCAGCACCCGAGGAUUCUGUUAAUGUGGGACCAGUGUUAAUACCCAGACUUUAAGUUGUGUGGGUACCUGGAGCCUCCUUAAAUAGGAAAUGUGCACUGGAGUAUUAAGGACUAGUGGGUCAUACUAUCUGCAACUUACAGAUGACAAACACCACAUGGAGAUGCUGACAGAGCACCACAGUCUAUUUCUAUGACUUUUUGUGUACAUCUGAAGCAAUUUCAAAAUAAAAUGUUACAUGGGGA